AUGGGAAAUUGUUGUAAUGGUGGUGGAUAAGUUAUGGAAAGAAAUGUAUAGAUAGAAAUAGGUUAAAAUAUCUCAGAUAAGUAAGCAAAUUCAGAUAUACUUAAUAAAAAAGCUAUAAUAAUUUAAGGUAUUUUUGAUAUGCAAAACAAGCUCAUUGUAGAGGUCAUAUAGUUAGAAAGAAAGUCAAAAAAAUAUAGGAACAAGACAAAACUGGGAAUAAAACAUCGUAAAAUGGUUCAAGUAAGGGAAAGAACAAUAAUAAUAAUAAAAAUUCAUAAAAUAAAAGAAUUGCUUAAGAACCCAAAGAAGAAAUUUAUUAAAAUUAAGUUGAUUUAAAUAGAAUUCAUGCUCCAAGUGAAAAAUAUAAGAAACUAGACAGAAUGCCAGAUUAUUUGACUGCUAAAACUAAAUAAGUAUUAAAAAUUAUUUAAGUUAGGUUUUAAGUCAAAUUGAAUCCUUUUUGUAUGAUUAGGACAAGGAUGAAUUUAAAGAAUUACCAUUUUUAGAACCUUAUGAAUUAGAUGGGGGUAGUGUUUAUAAAGGAUAAUGGAAGAAUGGGUAAGUUUAAAUUUGAAAGUAAUUUUAGACUGAGACAUGGAAGAGGAACAUAAAUUUGGCAAGAUGGGUCAAUAUAUGAAGGAUAUUGGUAUUAGAAUGUUGCUUGUGGCAAGGGAAGAUUGAUUCACACUGAUGGAGACAAAUAUGAGGGAGAAUGGAGAAAUGAUAAAGCUCAUGGAUUUGUAAGAAUGUGAAUCUAUAUAAUAGGGUAAAUAUAUACAUAUGGAUGGAGCUUAAUAUGUGGGAUAUUGGGAAGAUGAUAAAUAAAAUGGCAAUGGUAAAGAAAUAUGGCCAGAUGGCUCUAGUUAUGAAGGAUAAUAUAAAAAUGGUAAAAAACAUGGCAAAGGAACUUUUAAAUGGGCUGAUGGCUCUAUAUAUAUUGGAGAAUUUGAUUAAAAUAAUAUACAUGGUAAAGGAGAAUAUUAAUGGGAAGACAACAGAAAAUAUGUUGGGGAAUGGAAGAAUAAUAAAAUGGAUGGAAAAGGAGUAAACAUUUAAAUUAUAUUAAGGUUUUUACAUGGUUGGAUGGUAGAAAAUAUGAAGGGGAAUAUAAAGAUGAUAAAAAGCAUGGCUAUGGAGAAUUUUAAUGGCCUGAUGGAAGGGUAAUUGUCUAUUUUAUGUAGUUUAGAUGUAUAAAGGAUUAUGGGCAAAUGGAAAAUAAAAUGGUAUAGGAAUUUAUAUUGGCUCAUCAAAAGUUGAAAAGGAAGGAGAAUGGUAAGAUGGAAAAAGAAUACGCUGGAUUAGAAAAGGAGGAUUACCAACUAAAGAAGAAGGAAAUUGA